AUGUGUGGCUCGUGCGGGAAGGCAAUUUCCGCUCUUGCCACACAAUAUACUAUUACGAUGCAUAUUAUUUAUGUUAUAGGAGCCGUUACUAUGACUAACAGAAAUGCACAAGAAACCCGCUCUUCGUUGACAGAUUACAUUUUCGUUUACUUAAAUAAGUCCAGAAAUGUUCAACUGACAAUAUCGACUUACGUACACCACUACAACAAACACCCGUGUAAUAAUUAAUAAAAGGCAAGUCGUAUCGACGGAGCGGGUCGUCCACCGAAAACCCGCGUACUCGCGCUCUACCACCCCACCGAUCCACGCCGUUUUUGAAUAACAUAAUAGGUAUAAUAGUUGCCAUCGUCCGCGGUCGUCGUGUGUGACAUACCGACAACGGCUGCGUCAACGUCAUAAAAUAAUACAAAAUAACAAUCAGCUGGUACCUACCUUAUAAUUAUCUCACCUCCAUGGCGGGACAUCGGUAUCGCGUUCCGGAUGCCAAAACAGCCCACAUCGCAUUCAUUAACACACCGCUUUUAAUAGUAUUAUAAUAUCAUAUUGUUUCCGUCCAACCGUUCCAGUUUUCCCGUUACGGGAGGCGCUCAGUCCAUAUGGACCUACCGAAUUUGACGACAUUACAGACCGUGGAGCUUACCGAGUUUCGAGCAAACCGCGUCCGGACUUUGAACGAUGAAGACCUCCACCGCCGUUGCGUUCGCGUUCUGCUGCGGUUCACUGUUGCAGUUGAUGCAAGUCUGCUGCUCUAUGCGUCCGGUCGGCAUUUACCAGGGCUUACACGAUGCGAUGACGGUGGACGAGCUGAACUAUUACUUCGGAGUUUCCGAUCCAGCGGACGCACCUGAGUACGAGGUGGUCAUGUUAUCCGAUCCCGCAAACCGACCAGAUUGCACAUUUUUUGCUUUUGGCAGAUCAGUGCAGUUGUUCUUGGAACCCAACGACCGUUUAAUCAGCGAAGAUUUCGUGUGGCAAAUACGAGACGAUUCAGAGUCGGUGACAUAUGAGGAAAAGUCACCAAGACGAUGUCAUUAUAUGCAUCGGAUAAGUCGUACCGAGGACGGUGGCGUGACUGCAGCGUUUACUUACUGUCCGGGGAGCUCCAAAAAUGGUAUUGUCUUCCUGCCGGACGUCACGUACGAACUGCAGUCCGUAAAUGCCGGGCUUUGUCGGUAUCGGUGUGACGACGAUGGUAGAAAUGCGUUCAUUUUGAAACGAGCGCCGACGAUAAAUCAUACGUGGACCGAUGGAUUCAACGUAUUGCGAAGAACCGGCGAAAACUAUGCUUUCAUGUCACCAGACCUUUUUGUAGAGAAUACAAAAUACGACGAGGAUGGAACGGCGGCGGCGGCGGCGGUGGCGGCAGCGGCUAUGCCCGUAUUGGAGACGGCGCUCUAUUUUGACGAAGCGGCGUACAAAACGUUUUCGGAGUACUUUAAACACGACGACGAACACCUCGCCGACAUGAUUCUCGCUUACGUCAACGCCGUUCAAGUACUAUACCAUCACCCAAGCUUGGGACAAAAAAUUGAAAUCGUCUUGGUCAAACUAGAAAUGUUCAAAAAACAGCCGGAUGACUUGCCGCAUUACAACGGCGAGAGAAGUUCGUUAUUGGAUUCGUUUUGCGCCUUCAACAAGAAAUAUCGAAAACAAGAACAAUGGGAUAUUGGACUCUAUAUUUCGGGAUUAGAUUUUUACGCGACGGAAAACGGACACUGGAGUGGGUCCACCAUGGGUUUGGCGACCGUGGGCGGUGUCUGUUCGGAGAAGUAUUCGUGCAUUAUCGCCGAGUUCGGUUCUACAGACGCGCUUGGAAAACCGUACCCGUCGGCGGGCUUUACAUCCGUAUACAUACUGGCGCAUGAAAUAGGUCACAGUUUAGGUAUGCAUCAUGAUGGCAAUACGAACAAUUGUCCGAAAGAAGGGUUCAUAAUGUCACCAUCGAGAGGGAUUACCGGAGAAUUGUUAUGGUCAGAAUGCAGUGCUAGUGUUGCAGCAAAUCUCAACAAUCUCGAAUGUCUUUUCAAGCAGUCCAGUAGUCGGCAUUCGACCACGGCCCAAAAGUUGGAUCACAACAAAUUCGCUGACAAGCCUGGCCAAGCGUGGAACGCAAAAAAACAAUGUGAACUACUGUUAUUGGACAACGACGCCCGGGUAAUGAGCACCGAAACGAAUUUGGACUCGUCGCGACAGCAGCCAGAAGAUAUAUGUGAAAAUUUACAAUGCGAAACGCCAAACCGACCUGGAUAUUAUUUUGCCGGGCCAGCGUUGGAAGGGACCACGUGCGGACCCAGCUCGUGGUGCGAGGCGGGAAAAUGCGUUAAAGGCAAACCAAAAAAACCCAAAAAGAUCAUAAAAGGUGGAUGGAGUCAGUGGAAGGUGCACGAGUGUACGUCGGGGUGUAUACAUAAGUCAAAAGGUUUCAGGUCCAGGACGAGGACGUGCAACAAUCCGAAACCGAUAAACACGGAAGAGGGAUGUGAGGGGCCUAGACAUGAAGCCGUUCUCUGCAAAGAUGACAAGACGUGCCAGAAGUCCAAAAAGACGACUGCCGCGGAAUACGCGACGGCCAAGUGCAAGGAAUUGGCCUCCAUACUGCCGGCGUUGGACAGAGAGUACUCGGGUCUGCAGGCGCCUCACGAAGACGCCCGCCCGUGGAUGGGAUGUUCGGUGUUCUGCAGGCGGAAGGACACUGGAUCGUUCUACACGCCCAGGUUGGACGUGUCAAACUUACCGGUCGAUCCGUAUUUCCCUGACGGAACUUGGUGCCACUCCGCAGACAAUGAUAACUAUUACUGCCUGAAUCACGUCUGCACGCCCGAGGACGACUUAAAACGGUCGGGCAAAAGUUCGGCCGAUUCGGGCAGCGACUUCCCACUGAUCAGCCAGAACGCCCGGCCACCGGGGCCGUACGUCGUACCGGAAGUCCUGUUGCGUUACUUGAGCGUUGGCGCCGACGGCACGCCGUUGCUGACAACAAUCACGCCGGACAUGGUCGACCGGACCGAUUACGGGGACUGGUCGAGCGACGACUACGUGGACAUGCCCGACAAACCUUUGCAGAAGCGCGUGCAGUAUGCCGUCAACAUGCGAUGAGGCCGUGACCAUGUCAACAUCGCGGGCGUUCAGUUUCAAAGGCAUUCGUAUAAUACCGAUCAGCAGCCGUAUACGCAGUACAAUAAUAAUGAUAAUAGUUAUUAAUAAUAAUAAUAACAAUGAUAAUAAUGAUAGUGAUAAUUAUUAAUAAUAAUAAUAAUGUUUGAUAUGGAUUGACGUUUUUGAAAAUCUCGUCCACAACUUACACCAUAACUAUAGUUAUACACAAUAUAUAUAGUGAUCCGUACAAUAUUAUAUAGUAUUUAACCAGUUACAUAACUAUUAGGUACUUAUGCAUAAUAUACUUACUUAAUAUUAUAUUAAAAUUAUACCUACUGCGAUUUAAUUUCGGUUGGCUUUUGGGAUUUUGAAAAACUAUUAAGAUGAAAAAUAAAUUUUAUUUCGUAAAUUGACAACAAUAAUAUACUGAGUUAAAAAUUCUUCAAAUCGUUUUUUAAAAUCACAAAAUUUGUCUGAGAAAAAUCGGCGUGGCUAAAAAUUAAAUAUAUCACUUUGUACGUAUCACGUGAUUUUUUUGUCAUAGUAUGACUUCAUUCAAUCGAUAUUUUUUAACGUUAUGUCGAGUCAUUUGAGUGUCACGUGGUUUUAUAUAAAUUAUUUUUUAUUUGGGUAAUGUAUACGUUACAAUGUUGUAUAACUAUAGUAACCAAAUUUUGAAAAAAUGUAUCACUGCUAUAUCAGCGGGCAGCGGUACCUUUUGAUGGGACGUCUGCGAGAGGAUUUUACAUAUUAUUGUUAUAUUGUAACGAAAACAUUUUGUAUCUUUUAAUAAUAUUUUACGUCUGUUUAUCGUAAACGGACUACGAUGAUAUGUACAAGUGCAACUAUACCUACCCAAUUAUAAUAAUAUAUUGUCUCUUUUCUCAAU